AAGGACUGUUCAUUAAAGAAAGUGGACAUCUGUUUACCAAUAGUUUAGAGUUAAAACUAAACAAAAAAUUGUGAAUUUUUGCUCAGUGUGUAAAAACAUUGUUCACUUCGGCAACACACUCAAAGAAAACGGAAAAAGUAAGAAAUUUCGAGCGAUAGGUCGUAUUAGCUUUGCGACUAGCAGAUUAAUUCUGCACAAAUGGUGUUCCAAAAAGUUGUCGUUUCGAGAAUUGGCUUACUAAUACACUUCCGGGACCGCAAUUUUUUAACGCUAAACAGGGGACAGCUGUGCCAGAUGAUGUAGGGUACAUCAGAACUGAAAAAUUUGGGAAAAAGUUUUUAGUGUGGCAAGCCAAUUGUUCAUGUGGCUUAAAGAGUUCUUCGUAUUUCACAACGGGAACAAUCAACGAUGAAAAUAACAGAAAGGAAUGCAUCAAAAAACGACUUCUACUUAUCUACCGAAAACAUACGGAUCCUCUUUUGUUUUAGGUGGAUCUGGCAUCCGCUUAUUACGCUUCUUCUACACUAGAGAUGCUCAAUACGGAAAAAGUCGAUUUUGUCGAAAAAUGGCAAAAUCCUCAAAACUUCUCUGAACAGCGUCCUAUGAAAAGAUACUGGACAAUAAUAAAGCGGCAUCUUAAGAAAGAUGGAAGAGAAGCAAGCUCUGUUGAUUGGUUCAGAAAAAUUUGGCCUGCGGCACAACGAAAAGUUACGGAGAAAGUUGUGCAGAAUCUAAUGGGAGGUGUCAAGAGGAAAGUCCGAGCGUUCUUCCGAAAAACGAAGUAAAUGUUCAAACUCACGUGAAUUUGGCCACAUGUAUGUUGAUUGUCAUUUAUAAAAAAUUAAAUUAUGAAUUUGUUCGAAAAUACACAUUUUCUAUUGAAAAACAGGUGUCCACUUACUUUAAUGAACAGUCCUUAGUGCAGGACUCUUGUAAACUAUUUUACACAAUAUUACUUUUAUUUUACAUAGAUUUGCUUGAAUGAAACUGCAUUUGGUUGAACUUCACUCGCAUUGGAAAAUCUUUGUGAAUGUAACGCAAAUGUAGGAAUGAUUUUGACAGUGUUUGUUUUGAUUUUAUUUCUCGGUGGGUGGUGAAUUGGGUGGUAAGUACAUUCGAGUACGACGCGUCGAAGCGAGUGAUUGUUGGAAGUGUCUCGGCUCGGAAAAAGCAAAAAAUCGGUGCAAAUUACGUGAAAUAGCUGGAAAUUUUCGGUGAAUAGCGAGAGUUAAGUGAAUUGACUUUGGGUGAAAACAUUUUUGAUUGAGGAUAUUACGAAAAGAACGAAAAAAAAAUCAGUGAGUUGAGUGAAAACAAAAAGUGAGGUUAGCGUCACGAUGGGAGCGGAAGACGACCCACCGGACGGUGGAGGUAGAGCAGCUUGGAACCAAGUGGACUGGGCACAAGACAUGGAUGCGGAAGCUGCCGCAAGCAACAAGAAUCAGCACGACGAUGACAAACCCAAGCGAGAAAACGUGAUCUACACUCACCAAGACGCAGCUCCGUACAGAGUUUACUUCGAAUUGCGGAACGACGAAAACGGAACGAAGAAAAUCAACAAGUUCGGACUCGGAUCAACACUGCGCAGCAACGACACGUACAAACGUCACAUCGUCGACAUGAAGUACGCAGGAAGGCAGAAAAUCCUAGUAUUUCUGAACAGCUACGUGAAAGCAAAUCAACUGGUGAAAAACAUCAACGAAUCGAACAGCAUCUACCGAGCAUACGUGCCAAAGCACCUGGUGUGCAUCACAGGAGUGCUAGCGGGAAUCCCUGCUGAAAUCCCGAUCGAGCAAAUCGAAGAAGAUUUGGAAUGUGAAGUGCCGAUCGUUGGGGUUCGGCUCCUCACACGGUUCAUCGAUGGAGCAAAGAUACCAACCAACCGCGUCAGUGUUACGUUCCGAGCAGACAGUCUACCAGAACGGGUCAGAUUGUUUUGCUGCUCUAGCCGCGUUCAACCGUUUGUGCAAAAGGUGGUGAUCUGCCUAAAUUGCCUACGCACGAACCAUCGCACUGCGAACUGCCGAAGUGCAAAGCGUUGCCAGCGAUGCGCAGAACGACACGAGGACAACAAAGAGUACGAAAGAUGCCAAAAAGGGCAGAAGUGCGCCAACUGCAGAAGCACGGACCACACUACAACAGAUCCGAACUGUCCCGAAAUCAAACGUCAGGACAAAAUCAAGAAGCUUAUGGCAAAGAGGAAUCUCACAUACGCAGAAGCGAAAGAGCAAGUUCCAAUUGCAAGUCAAAACGUGUACGAAGCCCUGUACGAUGCUGAAGAAUUCCCGACUCCGGCAGAAACAUUUGCGGACAUGGCAAAAGGCAGCUUCCGCUGGAAGGAUCCGCUGCGAGAGCAGUGGCUGCUGGCCAACAACGAAAGGAAGAAACUACAAGCUGCGGUGAACAUGGGGAAACCAGACAAACAAAACAAGAAGAGGAAAACAACAAACGCGGACAGAACAACUGAAAGGCGUAAUCUCAUUGUUGGAAACGAAGCAGAAGAAGCUAGCAACGGAGUAGCUCUUAACAACAAUCAACGUGUGGACGAAAAGGAGCGCUUGGAAAGUCUUUCCAAGCAGAUCAUGGAUCGGGUACAGAAGGAGCAACAGAACCUGCUGAUGACGUUCUACGCGGACUUCAUCGCUCAACUGGAUAACGACGAAAACACCAAACAGAAGUUCAAGAUGUGCACCAAUAGGCACUUCAAUUUCGCAAAGUCAGUUAUACACCACACCGACACCAAGUAAGGUAAGCACUUCUUCAUUACAUAGCUGUAACCAGAAAAAAAAGAUAAAUAAAUAAAAUUAGCUUUUACCUCAUACCAAGUAAAAUUCGGGGAGUUAAAGAAAUCAAUAAAAGUACUACAGUGUAACGUGCAGAGUUUUGAUAAAAAUAAGGCAGAAAUCCACAGGGUUCUAUUCGGUGAAGGCUUCGAUGUAGCUCUCUUGUCAGAGACAUGGACUAGUGCGGCACAGGAAACCACCAACAAGUACCGAAUCGCUGGAUGCCACCUUGUUGCCAAUUCAAGACACGAUGGUUACGGGGGAACGGCGAUCCUUUUGAAGAACGAGCAUAGCUAUACCAGAGUAAAUCUACCUGCCCUAUCCGAUAAAACACAAGCUGUAGCAAUUUCGGUGUUAUCGCUGAACUUGGUCCUCUUUUCCGUGUACGUCAGCCCUUCAAUCAGCUUAUCCGACUUCAAGGAAGACAUGCAAGUUCUGUUUGAUACUACACAUCGGUUUGACAGAGUAAUCGUUGGAGGGGAUUUCAAUGCCCACCAUGGAGACUGGGGAGACUGGAAUGUCGAUAGAAAAGGGGAAAUACUAGCUGAUAUGAUCAACGACUCGAACAGCCUUCUGUUGAAUGAUGGAUCUAUGACGUUUGUUCCGCUAAGGUUAGGAUGUAGGUCUUCGGCGAUAGAUCUUAGCAUGUGCUCUUCACAGAUGCUGUCACACGUUCAGUGGCGGACGCUAGCGUAUGGCAUUGGCAGUCACCACGUAGCAAUUGAAAUUACAAUCAACAACGGUAAGAUUGAGCGACCAAAGUAUUGUUACGACAAUAAGAAAAUAGCAUCUUCGAUAGCAAGCUUGGAACCAACUGAAAUACACAAUGUAGAGGACUUGAAAUCAGCGAUAAAGAAAAUACGGAAGUGCAACAGGAAGAAAGACACUAAAACGCCCAAGUUUUGGUGGUCGGACUCGGUGGACCAGGCUUGGAAAGAGAAGACAGAAGCGAGACGGGCUUUCAACAGGGAGUCCAGUUUGCAGAAUCUCAUCCAGUUCAAACGCAAAGCAGCCAUUUUUCAAAAUCGAAAACGUGUGGAAAUCCGGAAGAAGUUCGACGAAUUUGCAGAGGAGAUUGGUCCACAUACCAGUGCCAACGAGUUGUGGAACAAAAUCGGUAGGCUCACCGGAAAGAAGAUAAGGACCGCAGAGAAUAACCCCAUGUUAGAUGAUUUGAAUGCAGCGAAUUCAUUCUUGGAUAAACACUUCGGGCCACAUGAUCCGGAAGACUGGAUCGAUCCAAUACCAGUAGCGUCAUACAAUUUGCUGGACUCGUCGAAAUGGGAAGAAAUUAUCCAGAAGAAGAAACGAAGAUCGGCUCCAGGGGAGGACGGUAUUUCAUAUGAAGUACUACGUCAACUAAGUCCAAGAGUAGCGGAAAACGUGAUCGAAGAUUUAAAUCGAAUGUGGAUUCGGGGUACCCUAACUGAGGAGCUCAAGACCAUCAAAGUUGUAGCAAUACCAAAGCCAGGUAGAGAUCAAUCAACGGUAGAAGGGAAAAGACCAAUUUCACUGGUACCUACCAUGACCAAGGUAAUGAAUACAGCUGUAUUAGACAUGCUACAAAAUCACCUUUACCAGAACAACAUCCUGCCAGAGAGGUCAUUCGGAUUUCGGCGAGGAAACUCAACAUCUACUGCAAUUUCAUUUGUCAUUAAUGAAAUAACAAGAAACAAACGAGAAAACAAACUGACUGCAUUAAUAUGCGUAGAUUUGUCGAACGCGUUUAAUGCUGUUCGCACAGACACUUUGCUAGAAACUUUAGCUAGCAAAGGAACAUCCGUUGAGGUCGUAACGUGGAUAUCUUCUUUUCUAAAGAACAGGAAGAUUGUUCUGCACCAGCGUCAUGGGGUGAUCUCGCGAAGAGUUUCAAACGGGCUGCCACAAGGAGAUGUCUUGUCUCCAACACUAUUUAACGUGUACACUACUGUGUUGCACGACAUACGCGUAGAAGGAAUCACAUUGGUUCAGUAUGCUGAUGAUUUCGAAAUAAUUGUUACGGCAAACAACUGGGAAACUUUGAAUGUUAGAGCACAGGAAUAUAUGGAUAAGUUUGUGGCAGAAUGCGAAAAACUAAAUUUGGCAAUAAACUCCGAAAAAUCGAGCGUGAUGGUGAUGAGUGUGAGCAAUAGAACUUUAAAUGUGAAAAUUAGGGAUAAUGCGAUAGAAUCGGUAAUAAAACAACGGUACCUUGGGAUCACUAUAGACCGGUCCUUAACCUUUGGAGCUCAUAUUAGACUAGUGCGGGAGAAAGUUCAGGAGAGAUUGUGCAUGCUGAAAGUUCUUAAUGGCGCCAAAAAAGGAGCACAUCCAGAUACGAUGCUAAAAGUAUACCAAUCCCUCAUCCGGAGUACUAUGGAGUAUGGAUGCUCCGCCCACAACAAUGCCAGCAAAACAUCAAGGAGAAUGCUAGAAGUGAUAAAUAAUCAAAGCUUGAGGAAAGCCACUGGUAGUACAAAAUCUACGCCACUAAAUACGCUUUCUGCGAUAAGUGGACAACCACCAAUAGAAUUUCGACAGGAGAUGGUCACUUGCCGUGAAAUUGCUCGUUGUUUAUCAAGAGGGAACGUUCUUGGCAAACAAUUGAGUAAUAUUUUGGUUGAAGAAGAAACACAUCUAGAAAAAUACUCGUAUAUGGAACAACUCUACUUACACAACAAAGCUUCGUUCGACAUGUUGAUGCAGAAUGAACGGAUUAUAGAUGUUGACCAAGUCGAAAUAAAUGCGUAUCUAGGUGAAAAAAUGAUCAAGAAGGAUCAACUUAGCCAACUGAAGCUGAAACAACAUACCCUCGGCUUGAUCAACGGAAAAUACAAAGGUAGGGGCAGGAUAUGGACAGACGCUUCCAAAGAUAGAGGCAAAUGUGGAAUUGGAAUAUUUGUAGAAGGUCAAAGAAGGCGAUACUAUUAUCGAUUACAACACAACACUAGUAUUACAUCAGCGGAACUCACGGCGAUUUGGGUGGCUAUGCAAAUAGUCGAAGAAGGUCAGCUGCUACACUACGUAGUACUAACAGACUCUAGAUCAUCUUGUCAAAUGCUGGAAAGUGGGAUAGACACUGGCGAAGGAGAAACAGUGAUUGCGGAGAUAUUACGAAUAGCGAAGAGUUGGAGAGUAACCAUACAAUGGGUACCCAGCCACAUUCAAGUGUCCGGCAAUGACGUGGCAGAUAUGUUGGCAAAAGAGGGAACAAAAGAUGGUGCACCGGUUUUCGAAAACAAGCUGUUACUUAAGGACCUUUUCCUGGAAUUCACCAAACAACUAGAGGACAGAACAAAACGAUGGUAUGAGGAAGCGUCUCAGGAGAAGGGAAAGAAGUUCUACGCAAUACAACCUACGUGGAAUGCACAGCCGUGGUUCACAAAAGCUGAUCUGAAAGGAAAAGACGUUCGACUGCUAAAUCGACUUAUGUCAGGACAUGAUUACUCAAAAUACUGGUUGGCUAAAAUGAAACUUAAAGAUGACCCAAAUUGCGACCUGUGUGAUGAACACGAAACUGCCGAGCACGUUAUAUUACACUGUCCCCGUUUUGGUAUGCAACGACAACAAUACAGUUUUGAUUGUCGUUACGCUAAUUUAGAAGAAAUCUUUAAAACUGGUAACAAAAAGCUAUUCGAAGAAGUUGCAAACUUUGUGAAAGAGAUGAAAUUGGACCUAUGAAACACAACGAAGGCAUCAAAAACACAAAACAACUGGGCAUAUAGUCUUGUAACUGGCCCAACCCGCUGAGCCGUCAGCAGAUGGCUCAAAACAGAAAGAAGAAGAAGGGUGGUAAGUAAACGGCUGGAAGCACGUGGUUUCUCAAACUGUCAACUGCACUGUGGCAAUCGGUUGCCUAGGUGUCGCUAGUUUAAAUUUACAUAGAAAAUUUGAAUAAAAUUGUUCGAGCUAGAACGUCUGUCUGCGCUAAUACGGUGCAACAUUCUACAGGUCCAUGGAAUAUUGUUCUAUGAAGACCUAAUUUCCAAAGAUGAUCUAGGUUCUCCAAGACCUUCCACGAGUAGAGGCCUUCCAAUCUACAAGCGUAAUCAACGGAUUCGUUAUGACAUUACUGAUACGGAGCAUUGAGCUGAAAAGAAAUAAUCUUCUAAAUAAUCUUCUAAAUAUUCUAGGUCUUAUUCUCAAAAACUACCUUCCAUGGACCUGUAAGAUGAGGCAUCGCAUCAGUAAUGCACGCUUGUAGAACUUAAGGACUAUAUUCGCAUAAGUACUUGGAGGACCUAGAGCAUCUUUGGAAAUUAAUACUCUAAGGGCCGAUUUCUUCACCUCGGCUUAACCGGUAAGCCAGGCUUACCCAUACAGUUAAACCUGGCUUAAAGCUUAAGCCAGGGUGAAGAAAUCGCCCCUAAGAAACUAUCUUCCAUGGAUCUGUAGGAUGUUGCAUUGUAUUAGUAAUGUUCCAAAAAUCCAUAAAUUAUGCUUGUUGAUCUCAAGGCUUUUACUCGCGGAAGUUCUAUCUUGGACUACCAACAAUAUCUUUAAAAAAAUACUUCUCUAAAGAACCAUGCCCCAUGGAACUGUAGGAUAUGUAACCGGUUGGUUAAAAUCCUUAGGUUUUUGUUUGUAUGAGUGUUUGUAUUUGUGAAAAUUCAAGUUUUUAUUCUAUUUUGAAUAUAAAAAUACAGAAGAGUACACCCUAGUGAGAAACCGCACCGCUGUAAAUAGACCGAAAGAGAAUACUGAAGGGAACUGCAAAGUAUAAAUACAAAUGGGGUAAAGAUGGCUAAUGCGAAAUUGAUAAACUUCUCAUGGGCGCUGCCAUCUUAUAUAUGGGAAGAUUGGGGAGAAACAAGCCAGGUAUCCGUGUAAAAAGAGUGUUGGGUAGUGCAGUGCAGUGUAAAACUGAUACUAAUUUAUACCAUUAUACCCCCGCUCCCCCUUGGAAGGGGAUUUUGGGAAGCUUGCCUGCCUCCGUUCAGGACCUUGUAUCGGUUUAUACGACGGUCAACACACGGCUGCUCGGGAGUCAAGAUGGCCCCCGAGCCUAAUAGCAAAGGAUACGCCAUCGUCCAAGCCCGGACGAUCUCCUCAGGUCAUUGGCCUUAAACGUCAAGGAGGAGUUCCCCUCUCGGCCGUCCUACAGGAUGUUAUACUGCAUCAGUAGUGUAAUUAUAACUCAUUGAUCAGUUUUGCAACCCCUGGCGUCGACAGUGUUGAGUGUUUUCUUGCGGUGCUCCGUAAAGUUAAAAUUAAUCGCUUUCCGUCGGUGUCGCGACCGGAAAAAGUAACGUAAUUCAAGGUACACCGUGUCGUACUACCCGAGAUGAGAUAAGUGUUAUUUGCUGAAUUUAAGUGCGAUUUGGUGAAUUUAAGGAAGAUUUUUGGUUUCUGUGCCCAGCGAAAAGAACUUGAGAUCGCCAUCGCAGUAGAACAACCUCCGCGUCAGUUUUUUUUUUUUAACUUGCAUGCAAGUUCGUCUGCUUUGCUAACAUUAUUUCUGCGCUAGCGAGCGUCGUUCAAACCGACGGUUGACCACCGGCUAGAUAGCCAAUAAAAUAAUAAAGUUGCACUUGAAAAGAAACAAAUCUCGCUCCAUCGUUGCUUCACCUUCAACACGCCCCACCAGCGAUGUCGCUGAGUGUGGGCUUUCCCCCUCUACCGGGUGACCCCGGAGGAGGACCUUCUAGUUACAUCGACGGCACAUACAGUGGGGCAACAUUACCCAGCUAUAUGGACCCGCAUGGAAACUACGGUGAACUGAUUGUGCUACGCAUGGAACCAGUGAAUGGCAAAAUGCCGGACCACCCUUUCACACUCCGCCAAUCCAUCGAAAAGAGAGUAAACGGCAGGAUUGAAGGUGCCAUUUCCGAAGCGCAAGGCCGAUCAUACGCACUAAAAGUCAGGAGCAGGCACCACCUCGAAAAACUACUAUCGAUGACGCAACUCAUCGACGGUACCGCAGUGAAAGUAUCCUACCACCCCGGGCUCAAUUCAACACGUUGCGUUAUCAGCUGCCGCGAUUUGAUGAAGAUGAAGGAUGACAAUGAGAUACUCGAGUGUCUAAAGAACCAGAACAUUACCGGUAUCCGCCGAAUCACUAGGAGAGUAGGUGAUAACAGAGAAGUUACACCCACAGUGAUUCUUACCAUUGGUAGUACCACGAUCCCCGAACACAUCGACAUCGGUUACCAGAGUAUUCGAACCCGACCAUACUACCCUGCACCCAUAAUCUGCUACCAGUGUUACCAAUUCGGCCACACAAGGCAGAGGUGCCAGAAGCAGAUACCAACUUGUGGAAAUUGCAACCAGGAGCACGAUAUAACGCCAGAUGUGCGAUGUCAGAAUCCUGCAUACUGUGCCCGGUGCAAUUCCAACGACCACUCUGUUAGCAGUCGUAAAUGCCCGGUUUACCAAAACGAAGACGCAAUACAACACAUACGAGUGGAUCGAGGCUUGUCAUAUCCCGAAGCCAGGAGAGCUUUCGAAGCAAGUACUGGCCAGCGCUCCUUCGCAGGUAUUGCAUCCCAUAGCAAGGACAAAACCAUCUCCGACCUAUCAGCGAAAUUGGAAGCCCUGUCCGGACAAAUGAUGGAAAAGGACGCCCAGAUAAAGGCUCUUGAGGACAAAAUGUCGACAGGAACCGCCCCGACCAGUAUCACCGAAUUCCACCGACUCGAAAAAAUGAUAAUUGACCUACAAAAGGAGAUCCAGAGAAAGGACGAGAGAAUCCAAACACUGGAAAAAGCCUUGGAGAAAGACUCUAGGAUGGAUCUUACCCGUAGGCAUGGAACAAUUGAAGAUCUUGUCGCUAAAGUCUCGUCCCUCCAAGAAGCCUUAAACAGAAAAGAUAAGGAAAUUCAAGCCCUUCGUGCAACCCCCAAGGUUGCACUCGUCCCUACCGUUAAAACCAACACCAAACCCCAACGACAGCAACCCACAAAAACACUACCCUCCACAACGCCUGGCCUUCCGGGGAACAGCAACCAGAAAGGACCAGUCAAAAAUGCACCUGUCGUCUCCAAUGGAAUAAAAGGAAAGGAUACAUCAGUCACCGUGGUAAAAAACCUAACGGUAUUCGCCUCGACGCCGAUGGAUAGUGUGGCUUCCGAGUCCACUACAGGAACAAAACCAAAACGAGGGAAAAACAACGUCGAGCAAACCAGCGCUAAACGAACCAAGGCUAAUGAACCAGUGAUGUACAUCUCGGACACAGAAGAUUUUAAUGCACUCGAAAGUGACCUCUACACCGAGUCAGAGGUCAUAGAACACGACAUCUCGUCUUCGUCUGACGAGACAAUGGAAGAUAACGAAACAGCAGGAGUGGUUUCGUAGACCACGUCCUACCUUCAUAAACCACCCGCAAUAAUACCCACCAUCACCAAUGUCUACUUCAAAAAAAUUCCUUAACCACGAUGAAAAUAACAUGCACGAAACACAGGACAAUACCUACAACACGCCUCAAAACGAACUUUUCACCCGUACCAUCGUAGCAACUCGUACAACACCGCCAGUGCCAGAACUGGAAACCGACAAAGCAGUAGUGUCAGAACUCGUCUCCGUCAUAAACACUUGCCCACCACUUGUCUUAGCUUCUAGCAAGGACGAGAACACAACAAAUGUUUCGAGUAAGAAGGAUAAGGUCUUCAGUCAAAAAACUUUGGUGGACUGGAACUGGUGGACAGCCUCCAGCUUUCGUUGGCAAAUUUUUCAGUAACGGUCAGCGAGGGAGUCAAUGGGACGCGUGAUGACUUCAUAUUCCCCCAUCUGGAUGUCGAGGGAAUCAAGAAAGCGAAUACAAAGGAUAAGGCCACGGGCAGUCGGGGCCCCUCCUGUGCGGAAGACUUUGGUGGACCGGAACUGGUGGACAACCUCCGGCGUUCGUUGGCAAACUCCUCAGAAACGGUCAGCGAGGGAGUUAAUGGGACGCGUGAUGACUUCAUAUUCCCCCAUAAGGAUAAGGCCACGGGCAGUCGGGGCACCUCCAGUGCGGAAGACUUUGGUGAACCGGAACUGGUGGACAACCUCCGGCAAACUCCUCAGAAACGGUCAGCGAGGGAGUCAAGAUGAGGCUGUGCGAAGAAAAUGGGACGCGUGAUAACUUCAUACUCCCCCAUCCAGACCAGAUGUUAAGAAGAAAAAGACAAAAACGCAGGAUUCCCGGCCUUCGCUAGCUCCUGAACAGAAAGUUUCGCCAAACAAUGUGCCCAUUAUUCGUAGCUCAAUUCGAUUGCAGUUUAGAAACCGUAUUCCGCCUGAUGCUCCAUCCGACGCGCAAAAAUACGACCGAUGGAAAUUUGGAACUGAUAGCAACACUUUUCCAGUGGCUGGCAGUUCAGCAUCAACAUCACCAUUGUGUCCACCUCAUGUUUCAUCAUUCCCAUUGCUAGCUAAACCUACAUCGCCUGUGCCCAUCAGUGCUUUCCCGCCUAGGACUGCCUCCAAAUUUGGGACCAAUCGCAAACUAACAGCGGCCGAGCAAAACACGCGAAUAAGAACUUCACCUCUUCACCAGGACAAUUUAAGAAUCCAAAAGACCAAGCACCCAUCGUUAGCGCUGCAAUGGAACAUGAACGGCUAUUUCAACAACCUUGCAGACUUGGAACUGCUAAUAGAAAAAUCUACACCGGUAGUAAUAGCCAUCCAGGAGGUUCACAGAGCAGACCCCACAACUAUGAGAAAAACGUUGCAAGGCCAGUACGAAUGGAUACUGAAAGGCGGAGCAAAUAUUUAUCAGUCUGCAGCAAUCGGAAUUCAUACGUCAACAACGUACGUUGAUGUUAUCCCGCCUUCCGAUCUAAUCGCAGUGGCAGCCAGAAUCGAAUCUCCUCUUCCAGUAACAAUCGUCAGCAUCUAUAUACCAACACCGGAUUGCUUCAAUCUCGAACAGCGCCUGUGCAAACUUCUCGACCAACUCCCUCCAGCUUAUCUCGUCCUUGGAGACUUUAACGCGCACCACGUCAGUUGGGGUUCACAAAGGAACAAUGACAAGGGCUCCGAAAUUCUCCGAGCUUCGGAGAAGGCAAAUCUUAGAAUACUUAAUGACGGUUCCCCCACCUUUUCGCGUCCACAAAUCAGUUCUGCUAUAGACAUAUCUUUCGCAAGUGAGAAUUUCAUCGGCCGCCUUCAGUGGUCGAUUGCUGAUGACCCCCUGGGUAGCGAUCAUCACCCAAUAUCAAUCUACUGCGACCACACUGCACCAAAAACAACCAGACGCCCUCGAUGGAAGUAUGAGCUGGCCGACUGGCAAUCUUUCCAAGACAUCAUCGAAAUCAGUCCGAUAGAUGAUGACACGCCACUUGAUGAUCUAAUGAAUACAAUCCAUGCUGCAGCAUCCGAAAUAGUCCCGAAAACAAGUCCAAACGCUGGACGCCGGGCACUAAGAUGGUGGUCACCCGAAACCAACGCCGCUAUAAAACUAAGAAGAAAGGCUCUCAGAAAAAUGAAAUGGAUUCCAAAAAACCACCCAGAUGCUGAAGCAGUAGCUGCAGACUAUCGUUCCAAACGGAAUGCUUGUCGCGAUACAAUCCGUUCCGCGAAACGCAAAUCUUGGGACGACUUCCUGAACGGAAUAAGCACUCAAAGCACAACAUCCGAGCUUUGGAAGAGCAUAAUCGCGUUGCAGGGGAAACGCAGCACCAAUGGUAUCGCUAUUAGCACACGGAGCGGAAUCACGAGGGACCCGAAAGCAGUUGCGGAUAUUCUUGGCGGUUUCUUUGCUAAGCUAAGUGCUCGAAGUAGUUACAGCCGUGAGUUCACCCGACUCGAUGCGUUUUCGAUUACCAUCGAAUCUAUCGAGCCCCCAGUCUCCUGGAAAUCGUUUGGACAAACCACAGACAAACAGACGUAUCACUUGGAACAAUUUGCGAUAAAAAUCAUCGUCACGAAAACAUAAUCACCCAAUGCUAACCAGGCAGUGUUACGCAAACCACUCAGUAGGUGGCAGUAGUGAGCAAAUGUCAAACAGUAGCACAAACGAUGUAAGCGCCGUGACCGAGCGAUUUGCGAACUACAAAAUAUUUGAACUAACCGUUAAAAAGGGUAACGAUGAGAAGUGAGUAGAGUGAGACGUCUGUUUGUCUGUGGACAAACCUUUCUCUCCUGCCGAAUUAUCGUUCGCACUAAGUAGCGGAAGAGGGAAAUCAGCUGGAGCCGAUGAAAUAGGGUAUCCACUGCUGCGUCAUCUGCCGCCCAUUGGCAAAAGAGUCUUGCUGAAGAACUACAAUCGAAUUUGGACAGAGAGAACUUUUCCUACUCAAUGGCGACAUAGCCUGGUCAUCCCAAUCCCCAAAAAGGACGCAAACCAUACCGAACCUAGCGGAUAUCGCCCCAUCUCCCUGACUAGCUGCUGCAGCAAGGUCAUGGAACGCAUGGUCAAUCGAAGACUGUCACAAUUCAUACGAGACAACGAACUCCUCGACCAUCGACAGCACGCAUUUCGGCAAGGAUGUGGCACAAAUACCUAUUUCGCAACUCUAGGUCAAGUUCUAGAUGACGCCCUUGGAAAUGGCCUUCAUGUGGACUUGGCCACGUUGGACCUUUCGAAGGCGUACAAUCGCACUUGGACU